UAAAACUUCACUGUAAAAUGCUAAUGUUUAUUCAUGGAUAUUUGGUGGCAUUAAGAUUUUAGUGAAAAGAAAUACUAAAUAAACAUAGGUCAAAGAAUUUAUUUAUUGGGUACAUGAACAAACUAUAGAACGAAGCUUAAACAAUAGUGAUUAUUUGUAUUAUUAUAAAUUAAUUUAAAAAAAGGUUUUUCAACAGAAUGUUGUAGUGUUUGUGUUAUUUGUUUUACUGAGAGUCAUUUUACUUGAGAAUAUGCCACCAACAGUGCAAACUAAUGAACCAGAUAGGGAAAAACGUCCACAAAGGACAACCGAAAGGAGAGCGGAGCUAGUUACCCGAAUCAAGUACUGCAAUACUCUGCCGGACAUACCAUUUGAUUUGAAAUUUAUAACUUAUCCAUUUCCAUCCACAAGAUUCAUACAGUACAAUCCUACAUCUUUGGAAAAGAAUUAUCGAUAUGAAGUGUUAACGGAACAUGAUCUCGGCGUACACAUCGACUUGAUCAAUCGGGAUAUAUAUCAGGGAGAUGGUAAUGCAGUCUUGGAGGGGGCUGAUGAGAAGCUUUUAGAAGAUGACAUGCUUACGCCCCAAGAUUCCAAACGGUCUAGACAUCAUGCUAAAAGUGUGUCAUGGCUGCGACGCUCGGAGUAUAUUUCUACUGAGCAGACAAGGUUUCAGCCUCAGUCUAUGGAAAAGGUUGAAGCAAAAGUUGGUUAUAAUGUUAAGAAAAUAUUUAGCGAAGAAACACUAUAUAUGGACAGAGAGAGUCAAAUUAAAGCUAUAGAAAAAACCUUUGAAGACAACAAGAAAACUAUUGAAAAACAUUACAGUAAACCAGGUGUUACACCUGUUGAGGUAAUGCCUAUAUUUCCUGACUUUGAGAUGUGGAAGUAUCCAUGCGCUCAGGUCAUAUUUGACUCGGACCCAGCUCCGUCAGAUAAGAAUAUUGCUGGACAAAUUGAAGCAAUGUCUCAAGCUAUGAUAAGAGGUGUGAUGGACGAGAGUGGCGAACAGUUUGUCGCCUACUGUCUGCCAACAGAAGAAACAAUACAGAAGAGACGGAGAGAUGUUGCCGAAGGUGUUCCGUACAUGGAUGAAGAUACAUAUGAGUACAAGAUGGCUCGGGAGUACAACUGGAAUGUUAAGAGUAAAGCAUCUAAGGGCUAUGAGGAGAAUUACUUUUUGGUGGUCCGCAACCACUGUAUAUACUACAAUGAACUUGAGACUCGUGUGCGUCUCUCAAAGCGUCGCGCCCGCGCUGGGGUGGCCGCCCAGGCACUGACCAGGCUCGUAGUAACACAUCGACCACUAAGUGGGCCUGAACAUCGUAUGCUGAGGCUCAGGGAGAAACAGCUGGAGCCUGCGCAGGAAGAGGACGAAGAAGAGGAGGAGGACGACGAGGAAGAAGAAGAGAAGCAGGAGGAGAACGGAGACAAAGAAAGAUCUCGAUCGAGGUCAAAAUCUGGAUCCAAGUCACCGCAAGGUUCGGAGAAGUCGAACAGAUCGCGUUCAGGAUCUCGGGAGCGAUCUAAGUCGAAAUCCAGAAGUAGGUCCAGAUCUGCGUCUGGCUCGAGGAAAUCUGGAUCCAGGUCUGGCUCUGCGCAAUCUGCCAGAUCCGGCUCCGGAAGGUCCAGGUCGAGGUCCCGUGCGACGUCUCGAGCCUCUUCACGCAGCGCCCAGGGCUCCAGAGCUAGUUCCAAAGCUAGCAAUAAGGGUUCAAAAGCAUCUUCAAAGGCCAGUUCGCGCGCGUCGAGUCGGGCCAGCAGACGUUCGUCCCGAGCCUCGUCCAGGGCGUCGUCGCGGGCUUCUAAGGCGUCGUCUCGGGCCUCUAAAGCCUCGUCGAAGGCCUCUGGUUCCAAAGCAUCUUCGCGGGCGAGCUCGAAGCAUAGAUCGGGCUCCGGUAGCGGUUCGGAGCGUUCCAGAAGUCGUUCGGCUAGCGGAUCUAAGCAGGGCUCGCGCAGUGGUUCAGCAUCGAGUGCGUCCUCUCGACACAGCGGCUCAGAUUAACUCUAACUUGAUUGUGAUAAGUUUCAAUUCAAUAAAUAUUUUGAAAAAUCA